AACACACUCGCUCCAUGACAAUGCCAGUGGUCAAAGUGGAGAAAGACUCUCCAGCAGACACUUUGUCUGACUCCAACUCUGCACCACAGACCGAGGAGCAGCCCAGGGGUCGCAGGAGGAAGAGACCUCUCCAGCGGGGGAAACCCCCUUACAGCUACAUCGCACUCAUAUCUAUGGCCAUAGCAAACUCACCUGACCGCAAACUGACACUGGGGGGCAUCUACAAAUUCAUCACAGAGCGUUUCCCCUUCUACAGAGACAAUUCAAAGAAAUGGCAGAACUCCAUCCGCCAUAACUUGACUCUCAAUGAUUGUUUUAUCAAGAUUCCUCGAGAGCCGGGGAGGCCGGGAAAGGGCAACUACUGGGCGCUAGAUCCAAACGCUGAGGACAUGUUUGAGAGCGGCAGCUUCCUGAGGCGGAGGAAGAGGUUUAAGCGCUGCGACUUGACCACCUAUGCCACAUAUGUGCAUGAGGCGCCAGUUUUUUCUCCUGUCCAGAUCGCCAGGUCAGCUGCAUAUCCCACCUCAGUGUACCCAAACAUGACGGUCAGUCCAGCCUACGGGCAACAGCUUCACUCUUCAUACUACUCCUCCUCAUCACCUUCUGGGUUCGGACCAAGUCAGACUCGCAUGUUCAGCAUCAAUAAUCUCAUGGGACACCCGACUCCGGCCAGCAUGCUGGGAGGUCAAGGGCCAGAGGUGAUGCAGCAACCCAACAGGAGCUUCAGUCCAGAGGGGCUUCCAAAUGGGUCCACUCACUGCGGCCAGGGGGCCCCAGCUUACCAGGGCCAAACAUGUGGAGGACCCAUGGUAUCCCGCUCCUCUACACUUUCUGGGUUCACUUACCCCACGCCGAAUGUCCACCCACACCACCAUGGCCACCAGGGCUCAUACGGACAGGGCCACACCCAGGGGUACACAGCAACAGGACGCCUCCAUGUCUCAGCACAUGGAGCCGCAGAGUCCGUGGACCAUUACGACCGGAUCUCCCCAGUGCAGCUGGGCUCCAUCUCUCCAUAUAACAGUGCUGCAGGUCCCAUGGGCAACCCUGGGUCUUACCUGAGACACCCCACAUACCCGGGGAAUAUAGACAGGUUUGUGUCAGCGAUCUGAAAAACUGAGACUGGAGAUCCCAGCAUCUUACUGACCUCCAGAGAAGAACACCAGAGACUCAAGACAGCAAGAAGUGAGCCAGAAAUGUCUCCACACACACAUGUUUGUCUUUGUUUAUGACUACACAAAGCAGAGUGAAUACACACAACUUUCCUAACACAACUGUGAUUAAUACUAGUAAUGCUCCAGUGAAUUUAUUUCAGUACGGAGGGUAAUUACCUCUGCCAAGAAAGUCAAGUUUUUGGUUGUUCUUCUGUGAGAAGCAUAACAUAAAAAGUAUAAGAGACUGAUUUUGAUUUUUAAAAACAAAUAAUAAUAAUAAUAAUAAUAAUAAUAACCUAGUGAUGUAGGCUAUGGCCCAAGGAAGCAAUGAUGAUGUGACAUCCAAAUCAGGACUUGAGUGUAUGAACACUCCAGGAAACUUUGACAGGUUUUGUGCUUGGAGUGUUUUCUUUCAUUUACUUUUACUUCAAGCUUUAAUGUUGGUAUCAAGUGUCAAGGUUUCUUCACAGCAUUCUAGAAUGUAAAACUCGGCAGGUUUUUGUAUGUGUGGUUGUGAGCUUUUUUGUCGUGACUUGAAUGUACAUGUUUAAUAUUCACGUUACCCAAAUGUUAUUCUAAAUUAUUGUUCUCCGAUCAUAGGCUUUGCAUUUUAGUGGCUUGUAUGAAGAACAUCAGCUUUAUUUUCUAUUUUAUUUUUCAUGUAUAUGUUGCUAAAUGAAAAUGCAUAUCAGGUUACCUUCUUUUUGGAAAUAAAAC